AAAGUUAUUCGUUGAAAAACACGUGCAUUUAUUCUGAAACGUUAACCGGAAGUGUUUGAGACGGAUUUAACGCAAGCAUUUCAGUGAUAACGUGUAGUUCAACAAUGCAGCAACGAGAGGAGAAGCAGUUGGAGGCGGCGGUGGAGUCUCUCAUUUCUCGUGUAGCACACGUCAAAAACGCGCUACACAGUUUCAUCUACAAGCUGGAAAAUGAAUACGAGCGAUUAACGUGGCCCUCUGUUCUGGACAACUUCGCCCUCCUAUCCGGUCAGCUGAACACCAUCAAUAAGCUGCUGAAGAACGAAAAGACGCCAUCCUUUCGCAACCAGGUCAUAAUACCGCUGCUUCUGUCCCCGGACCGAGAUGAGGAUUUAGCAAAACUCACGGAGCAGCGGGUCCCAGUGUUCAGCCAUGAGAUUGUACCAGACUACUUGCGGACCAAGCCUGACCCAGAGGUGGAAGAGCAGGAGAAGCAGCUGAGUGUAGAGGCGGCGCGAAUCGGCCCGGAGGUGGCGCAGAAACAGAUCCAGACGUUGAAUAAACUUUGUUCCAAUCUGCUGGAGAAGCUGAACAAUCCUCGUGAUGACAGAGAUGCAGAGAGUUCAGCAAUACGACAGAACAAGCCAUCGUUCAACCCGGCUGACACCAACGCUUUGGUGGGAGCAGUUGCAUUUGGAAAGGGGCUUUCCAAAUGCAGGCCUCCCGGUCCAGUGGCCCCUGGGCAUCCGGGACAAGGUCCCAUGAUGAGUGGAGGUCCAACAUUACAGCAGGUCACCAUUGGUGGUGGUUCAAGCCAGCAGGCAGUUAUGGGAGGACCUGGUGCUCCACAGCAGCAAGGGCAGCCAGGUAGGAGACCUGGAGAGCUCGGAAAAAUGCCCAGCAGCAUCAAGACAAACAUCAAAUCUGCAUCUGGUUCAAUGCAUCCUUACAACCGAUGAGCUCCUUUUCUGUUUUCUUUUUUUUGUGGUUAUGUUAUAAGCAUUUUUUACAUUUCAGUCUCUGUCACAACACUUAUUGAUAGAAUGGAGCAGCUACAAAGUAGUUACUACUCUGUUCUCUCUAAAGACUCAGACCUUCUUGUUUUGAAAUGAUCUCAAACAUUAAAUGUUAAUACUUGCAACCAUCAGUUUCUUUGUUUUUUUGUCAUUGUUGAUGCAUCGUCUGAACCUCCUUGUUUGAGCCACAAGAUGGCAGUAUGUCUUCAUUCUUUGGGAAUAGCAAAGCCUGUACUUAGUACUCCACCAUUGACCCUUUUUUCCAAUUAAAGAUCUUCUGA